AUGCCAAACCGGAAGUUUGCUGAUGGUGAGGUGGUGAUGGGCCGUUGGCCAGGAAGUGUCCUGUACUAUGAAGUACAAGUGACUAGUUACGAUGAUGUUUCUCAUCUUUAUACCGUGAAGUACAAAGAUGGGACUGAACUUGCGUUGAAGGAAAGUGAUAUAAGGUCACAAUCAUCAUUCAAGCCCAGGAAGAGCCAGUCCUCUUCAAGUUCUCCCUCCAGAAGAAGUUCCAGCAGAUCUCGAUCUAGAUCUCCUGGUCGGCCAGCAAAAGGCAGACGUCGUUCUGCUUCCCAAAGCAGAGAAAAUAAAGAUGACAAAAAGAAAACCAUUCAGGAAACCAACUUAGCUCUACUGAAGCCUAGUGAGAAUAACACCAGAAGCUACAAUGGUGAACCUGACAGUACAGAAAAAAAUGACAUGUCCUGCAAAACCUCGGAGCGAAAGUUGAAACCAGCCCUGGAAAUAGAGCGUGCACUUGAACAGUACAGUUUGCGUUCAAGAAAAGAAGAAAAGAAAAAAGAAGAGAUAUAUUCAGAGAAGAAGGUUUUUGAGACAGUAAAAACAAUUGAGAAAGCUUCACCAAAAACAAAGGAGCUAGAGUUUGGUGGAAGAAUUGGGACCUUCUUGAUGAUACUUUUCCUGCCUGCUACUGUAUUCUACUUGCUGUUGAUGUGCAAGCAAGAUGACCCCAGUCUUAUGAACUUCCCUCCUCCUCUCCCAGCACUUGAAAGCCUUUGGGAGGCGAGAGUGUUUGGUGUUUUCCUUCUGUGGUUUUUCCUCCAAGCUCUGUUUUACUUACUGCCAAUUGGAAAGGUUGUAGAAGGCCUGCCCCUUUCAAACGGGAGGAAACUGCAGUACCGGAUAAAUGGGUUUUAUGCUUUUCUUUUGACUGCUGCAGCUAUUGGAACUUUAUUAUACUUUCAAUUUGAACUUCAUUAUUUGUAUGAUCACUUCAUGCAGUUUGCAGUGUCAGCUGCAGUUUUUUCUAUGGUGUUGAGCAUUUAUCUGUAUGUUCGGUCCCUGAAAGCACCUGAGGAAGAACUAGCACCGGGUGGAAAUUCUGGGUAUUUAGUUUAUGAUUUUUUUACUGGACACGAAUUAAACCCUCGUAUUGGCAAUUUUGACCUCAAAUACUUCUGUGAGUUGCGUCCAGGACUAAUUGGCUGGGUUGUUAUCAACUUGGCCAUGCUCCUGGCUGAGAUGAAGGUACAGAAUCAGAGCGUGCCAUCUCUGUCCAUGAUACUGGUGAACAGCUUUCAGCUGCUCUACGUGGUGGAUGCUCUUUGGAAUGAGGAAGCUGUUUUGACUACCAUGGACAUUACCCAUGAUGGAUUUGGGUUCAUGCUGGCAUUCGGAGAUCUGGUGUGGGUACCGUUUGUCUACAGUCUGCAGGCCUUCUAUUUGGUUGGGCAUCCUGCUGCCAUUUCUUGGCCUGUUGCUGCUGCAAUUACUAUUCUGAACUGUAUUGGGUAUUACAUAUUCCGCAGUGCAAAUUCUCAGAAAAACAAUUUCCGAAGGAAUCCAUCGGAUCCCAAAUUGGCCUAUCUGAAGUUUAUACCCACUGCAACUGGAAAAGGGCUUCUUGUCACUGGUUGGUGGGGUUUUGUUCGUCACCCUAAUUAUCUUGGUGACAUCAUCAUGGCUCUAGCAUGGUCCCUACCCUGUGGUUUCAAUCACGUUUUACCAUAUUUCUACGUGAUCUAUUUCAUCUGCUUGCUUGUUCAUCGAGAAGCUCGUGAUGAACAUCACUGUAAGCAAAAAUACGGCUUGGCGUGGGAAAGGUAUUGUCAGCGUGUACCCUACCGCAUAUUUCCUUACAUCUACUAG